GAGGCGGAGCAGCGGGCUACCCAGACACCAGGGCCGGGCGUCGCCCCUCGCCUCCAUGGCAACGAGCCGCCGCCGCAGCUCGCAAGCCACGGGCUAACGGAGCCGGCAGGCUGCGCCUCCCCCCCGCCCCCGCACGCGGGCACGCACCCAAGGGCAGAGGUGCAGGUGGCUCCACCAGGAGUUCAUCCUGAAGAAAUCUUGCUGCUGAGGGUGACCUGGGAAGCAAGGGAGGGUCUUCUACUGCAAUGCGGAUUCCACCCUGGCCCAUAUGCAGCCUGCCUGUGUGCAGCAAUGGUCCCCUCACCCCUCACGGCACAGUGUCGCAGACAAGUUAGCCUUACUGGGACCAGGAACACAGUGGCUCUCCCGAGAAACCUGCGCAAGCGCAUUGCCCAAUUUCUGGAUGAGACCUCUGAAGAGAUCACUGAGACCAAUUACCACGAUGUGAGAGAGCACAUCAAUGACCUAUUUCGCAUCUUAGGCAUGCAUGCAGCCCUAACCAUCCUCACCCCAAGAGCCUCCACCGAAUAACUUCCUUCCCAAAAUAAAAGCCGCUUACUGGGAAUUUCCUCAGAUGUUUGUCCUUCCCCAAGCACCGGCCCCCACGACUGGCUACCUUCCUCCUGGCUUGAGAACAGCUCCUGGCUGCAUGCAUCUAAGGAUUCUGGGGUGUUUUCCUCCAUCUCGGCACCCUUGCUCCCACUUUGCUGCUCCUCCUCCUGCCUUGUUGGACUGGGCUCUGAAGUGUCCAUGGUGGUACUCUGAGUGGAGAUGGGGUCGCCCCCAAGUAUCACGUCCAGCUCUUUGUAGAAACAGCAGGUUGCAGGGGCAGAACCGGAGCGGCUGUUUGCCUUGGGGGGUUUGCGGUUUGUGAGAGACGAUGAAUUUGGCUGAGAUUUGUGAUAAUGCCAAAAAAGGGAGAGAAUAUGCGCUUCUUGGGAACUACGACUCCUCUAUGGUAUAUUACCAAGGUGUCAUCCAGCAGAUUCAGAGACACUGUCAAUCAAUCAGAGACCCAGCAGUUAAGGGCAAAUGGCAACAGGUCCGGCAAGAAUUACUGGAGGAAUAUGAGCAAGUAAAGAGUAUUGUCAACACGUUAGAGAGUUUUAAAAUAGACAAACCUCCAGAUAUUCCUGUAUCCUAUCAAGAUGAGCCAUUUAGGGAUCCUGCUGUUUGGCCACCUCCAGUUCCCGCUGAGCACAGGGCUCCACCUCAGAUAAAACGUCCCAACCGAGAAGUUAAACCUUUGAGGAAAGAAUCACCAGGAUUGCAGCCGCGAGGGCCUGUGGGCAGAGCACACCCAAUAUCAAAAAGUGAAAAGCCUACCAGUAGCCGAGAGAGGGAAUCUAGAGCUAAAGGGAGAGAGGACAAGGGAAAGAAAAUUCCACAGGAAGGUGCUGGUGAUGGGGAAAUUCAGAAAUUUGAUGGAGCAGGAUAUGAUAAAGACCUGGUUGAAGCACUGGAAAGGGACAUUGUAUCAAGAAAUCCAAGCAUUCAUUGGGAUGACAUAGCAGAUUUGGAAGAAGCCAAGAAACUAUUAAGGGAAGCGGUUGUUCUGCCGAUGUGGAUGCCUGAUUUUUUCAAAGGGAUCAGAAGGCCUUGGAAGGGUGUUCUGAUGGUUGGCCCCCCUGGGACUGGCAAAACCAUGCUAGCAAAAGCCGUUGCUACGGAAUGUGGGACAACAUUCUUCAACGUUUCCUCCUCCACUCUGACGUCCAAAUACAGGGGCGAGUCUGAGAAGCUAGUCCGCCUGUUGUUUGAAAUGGCAAGGUUUUAUGCGCCAACAACAAUCUUCAUUGAUGAAAUCGAUUCCAUCUGCAGCCGCAGAGGCACUUCCGACGAACAUGAAGCAAGUCGCAGGGUCAAGUCGGAGCUGCUUGUUCAGAUGGACGGAGUAGGUGGUGCACUAGAAAAUGAUGACCCUUCCAAAAUGGUGAUGGUGCUGGCUGCUACAAACUUUCCCUGGGACAUCGAUGAAGCGUUGCGAAGAAGAUUAGAGAAACGGAUUUAUAUACCUUUGCCAACAGCAAAAGGUAGAGCAGAGCUGCUUAAGAUUAAUCUUCGGGAAGUAGAGAUGGAUCCUGAUAUACACCUUGAAGAAAUUGCUGAGAAGAUCGAAGGCUACUCUGGUGCUGAUAUAACUAAUGUUUGCAGGGAUGCCUCUUUGAUGGCAAUGAGACGGCGCAUUAACGGCUUAACCCCAGAAGAGAUCCGUGCACUUUCUAAAGAGGAACUUCAGAUGCCUGUCACCAAGGGGGACUUUGAGCUGGCUCUGAAGAAAAUCUCCAAGUCUGUUUCAGCUGCAGACCUGGAGAAGUAUGAAAAAUGGAUGGCGGAGUUUGGAUCUGCUUAACCUCAGUGACGUCUGUUCUGGGCAAUAAUUUUUUUUUAUCUUUUUCUGUUGUAAACUGUAAAAUGAGUUAAAAAUGUUUUAAAAGCUUUAAUAAAAGGUUUGAUUUUUUUUUUCCUUCUGGUGACAAGAACCCCCCCCCCCCUUUUAAAUUUUGUUACUCUUGAAAGGAAUAAAAAUGGUAACUCACACAAGACAUAAAGAUGCUUUCUGACUGAAUAGUAAAAUGCAUAAAUAGCAAAGGGAAAAUACACUUUUGAAGAUAAGCUGCACUUUUCCAGUGAAUUUCAGUGUUCCCUAUUUUCACACACACUAGUCUUUCAUGGCCCAGAUCUGUAAAUCAGGCAUGGGAGGGUGAUGAGAGAAGCUAGCAGAGAUUUGCUGCACACCUUAUUUGUAGGAAUUGCUGUAUUUCUAGUAAGGAUCGGGUUCCUUGCCCUUGUAUGUGGCACUGAAGUUACUGUUCGGCUGCUGCUUCUCCUUUCAUUAGGUUAUUCUGAGCAAAGUAAGUGGGUAAAAUUGGCCUUGUUUACAAUAAGCAGAGAGCAGUUUGCAUCAAGACUCAAAUUGUUAAUGAUUUUGUUGGAAACUUUUUCAGCCUAAUUUUUCUCUCACUCUCACCAGUUUUACACUGGUGUAACUUCACAGACUUCUGUGGUGUUAUUCUGACUUUACGCCAGUGGAAGUGAAAGGAAAAUCGGGGCACUUGAUUUCUUUUGGUCAAGCUUAGGCCACAUUUGCACCAGUGUAACCAAAGCUGUGAUUUUUUUUAACUGAUUUUAGUUGACCUUCCACUCUUGCACUAUUACUCAUCCCCGUGUAUUUUGUUUGUGUUUUCUAGAUAUUUUUUAUUCUUAUUUAUUAAACACCAAUAGUGUGCUUGACUCAAUUCAAGACUUAAUACCAAGCCCAUUCCUGCUCCUAGAAGACAGACACUGGACAUGGAGCUCUCGUUUUCCUAUCAGUCACAAACACUCUCUUUCCUAGACUUGGUACAGGACAACAUUUGUUUACGCUGUGGAACUGUUUUUGCAGUUCAGACUUUUAUGCAGUUUUCUUAAAUGUGUAAAAAUGCUUUGACUGGGAAAAUGAUUAAUUUCGGUAGAUUGUCUCCUACCCCAAGCCAAUGUAGUGCUGAAAAAGGCUGGAUUGGCAGCUUUGGCGCAUGAAGGCCUCCGUCCCAGAGUGUGGCUGUCACACUGGAAGUAGCUGUGCUGGCCGCUCUCCACAUGAGUUUGUGGCUCUCAUAUCUGACGUACCGGAGCUUCCUCUGCUAGGAACAGAGAGAGAGUUCAGUUUCAGUGGCCAUCCUGUCCUUGGCCUCUCUGCUGAGGCUGUCAGUAAGGCUGCCAGUUGUGACGAUGGGGAUUGUAACAUCGACCUGUUCUUUAGGAAUUAGACCGAGUCCACUUUUCGUAUAAUCGCCAAACUGCUGUGGCAUGCAAGCAACUUCUUGCUAUAAUUGACUUUGACCAGACCUAGAAAGGUUCCAACUACCAUUAUUACUCCACCGAGCUAGCCAGCCCUUCAUAGUACCUGCGGGACAUGGCCAGAAUUGUUUAAAUGAAUUCCUAGUGCAAACACAACUCUGGUGCCUCACCCAUUCACUUGUUAGGGGAGAAAGACGUCUGGGAUUUAUUCUAAACAGUUCUACAGCACAUAACUGGUUACGUAGGCUACAUUUGCAAUAGUUUUGCCAUGAAUUCAUUAUCUGUAGAUACCUUGGACGUAGACAGCACCUUGGGCUGAGCCUGUGAAUGGUACGGUUUGCUCUUUUCAAGCAAAGGGCCUGCUGUAACUUGAAUGGAAAAAAUCCCAAUAAAUGUCCUGAUGACUCUCA